GUGGGAACGAUGCAAACCAGAUCACGUAGCCAACAAGAUCCUCCUGAGGCGUCAGCUCGGAGAGAAAAUGACACAGCAAAUAACCUCCCAGCCCGUGGAGGAUCUGGCAUCCCACCUCCUCCACGCGCCGCGGAGCAACUUCCUCCACGUGCCACGGAGCCAGCUCCUCCACGUACGGCAGAUCCACCUCGCGAGGUUCAGGUGAUCCCCCCUCGGGACCCACCACUCGCCGAUCCACCACUCCCUGCUCCUCGAACGGUUCAAAUAACCGAGGACGCACUCCAGCGUAUGAUAGCGGACGCUUCUACUCGCGCCGCCACGGAGGCCGUAACUCAAUAUAUCGCCACGAUGGGAGCAAACGCUCCCAAUGCGAUACCGGCACAAGCUCCACCUAUAGUACCACCUGUGGCUCCACCGCCAAUCCAGAAUCAAAUAAGCGUCUCCUCCUCUACGUCGGACCCACGGUCCCGAGUGCAGUUAUCUACUAAUCACAGAGGAGCACAGCCCAGACAACAACGUCGGCGCUCACCCCUUCGGGGGAACGCAUCACCACCGAGAGUCCCUCUCUUUAACGAGGGAGAAGGCGAGGUAAACAGUCGAAUGUCUCGCCAAAACCCUUUCUCCCAACCAAAUAAUCAAAUGGGUGAAAGAAUGCCUCUCCCAACAAGACGCAGUCCCUUCACUGUAGACAUUCUCAACGAGGUAUUACCUCAAGGAGUAAAGAUCUCGGGGUUACCUCAAUUUGAAGGGACCACCGACCCACAGGAACAUAUAGAGAAAUUUAGUGCCAUGGCGGAUUUAUAUGGCCCGACGGAUGCUGCGAUGUGCAAAAUGUUCCGCACCACUCUCUCCAAGAGGGCAAUGAAUUGGUUCAACUCCCUACCCAUAGGGUCCAUUGACACCUUCUCUCGGUUGUCGACCCGAUUCACCAACCAAUUCGCCAUCAACAAACAAUAUGCCAAGACCCCCGCUCAUCUUUUCUCUGUAGUACAGAGAGAUAACGAAACGCUCCGCAACUACAUUAAGCGUUUCGUAGAGGCCGUCCAUGAAGUCCCCAGUGUGGGGCAAGACAUGCUUUCCGGGAUUAUGCAGCAGAACUUGAAACCUGGUAGAUUCAAAGAAUCUAUCGCCGGAAGACCCCCAGGCAACUUAGAAGAGUUGCUGAAUCGAGCCGAAAAAUACGUCCGGAUAGAAGAAGCCUCUACCCAUGCUCCUCCUAAAAGAAAAAGGGAAGAUGACCGUCAGGACAAUAGGAGGCGCGAUGAUCGACGUCCGCCACUACCACCUCAAAGCCAACCCUCUUCCUCCUACAAUAGGUUCACUCCGCUAAACGCUCGCCUCACGGAAAUCCUUCACGUGAUAGAGCUGAAAGGUUUAGCAGAACCUCCACGUCCUAUGCAGCCAAACGCAAAGCGAGAAAAAUCGGAUCGUUAUUGUCGAUUCCAUAAGGACAAAGGGCAUACUACGGAAGAGUGUGCACAACUCAAAAUAGCGAUUGAGAGGCUAAUCAAACAGGGCCAUUUAGGCGAAUACGUCGAUAAGCCGCGAAAUAAACGCCGUGAUGAUCCUCCACGUCGAGAUAACAAUCGAGAUCAACAACAAAGACGAGAAGACGGGGGUCACCGACGUGACCUAGAUAACAACGAUAACCAGCCUACCCGGGGAAUCAUCUCCUUCAUCUCCGGAGGACCGGCGGGGGGCGAUUCACAAAAUGCAAGACGCACACUCGCCAGAUCAGCGCGCAUGAAUCAAGAACGCGCUUCUCCAUCCGAACGCAUAUAUCAAAUACGAAGACCUGAUCACAGCAUAGUCUUCAACUCCUCCGACCUCGAGGGUCCAGAUGAAGACCAUGUCGAUGCAUUGGUAGUAACAACAACAGUGGCCAACUUCUUGGUCAAGAAGAUAUUAGUGGACGGUGGAAGCUCAGCUGACAUCAUGUACCUCCACGCUUUUAAGCAGCUAGGCAUAGAUAAUGCCCGGUUUAAGUCCGUCUCCACACCCUUGAAAGGAUUCACAGGAGAAGGCAUUUUAUCCAUGGGAGAAGUGGAGCUACCAGUUUCUUUAGGGGAAGACCCCUGUCGAAUCACUAAACUAAUCAAGUUCCUUGUCGUCGACAAGCCAUCGCCCUACAACAUCAUCCUAGGGAGGCCAGCGAUCCAUACCUUCAAAUCAGUACCUUCCUCCUACCAUCAGAAGUGGAAAUUCCCCACUCCCUACGGAAUGGGGGAAGUACUUGGAGAUAGACGUCUCGCUCGAGAGUGCUAUGCGAGGGCCCUACGAGAACCCUCCAAGAAGCCUAAACCACCUGGAAGGGGAGACGAUACCCAAAAAUCCGACAAACGGAAAUGGGUCAAUGCGAUCAUUGAGGACAAUAAGGAAAUCCUCAUCAGUGUACCAGACGAUAGCAUCAAGCUGGCAGCUGUCGAAGAGCUUAAGUCCAUAGAGAUCACCCCUGGAGAUGGCUCCAAACUCCUACGCAUCAGGUCCGAUUUAGAUCCUGAAAUGGAGAAGCAAUUAAUCAAAUUCUUGCGACACAAUGGAGAUGUGUUCGCCAGGAAAGCUCAAGAUUUGUCGGGCAUCCCCCCUCAUGUAGCUCUACAUCGGCUUAACGUCGUCAAAAGGUUAAAGCCGAUCAAACAAAGAAAACGAACAUUUGGACCCGAACGCAACAAGCACAUCAAGGCAGAAGUGGCGAAACUUCUAGAUGCGGGUCGACCAGUUCAGUACCCUGAAUGGUUGUCAAACGUGGUACUCGUUCCUAAGCCAGGCGGUAAGUGGAGACUAUGCGUAGACUUCACCGACCUCAACAAAGCUUGUCCUAAGGACCCUUUUCCUCUACCUAGAAUCGAUCAACUCAUCGAUUCGACCUCGGGAUGCGAGCUCCUCAGCUUCCUCGACGCAUACCAAGGGUACAACCAGAUCUUACUUGCGCCAGAAGAUCAAGAGAGGGCUAGUUUCAUCACUGAUCAAGGCAUCUACUGCUAUCAAGUCAUGCCCUUCGGGUUAAAAAACGCAGGAGCCACCUACCAGCGUCUAGUGAACAAAAUGUUCGCAGAUCAGAUUGGUAAAAGUAUGGAAGUAUACAUCGACGACAUGCUCGUCAAAAGCGUUAAGGUCUCGGACCACCUAACUGAUCUGGAUCAGUGUUUUGCCACCUUGCGAAAAUAUAAGAUGAAGCUGAACCCCCUCAAAUGUUCAUUCGGAGUUCGGGGAGGCAAAUUUUUGGGUUAUAUGAUUUCGCAGCGGGGAAUUGAAGCUAAUCCCGCAAAAAUCGAAGCAAUCACCUCCAUGGCUCCACCAACCUCGAUCAAGAAAGUUCAACAGCUCAACGGCUGCUUGGCAUCCAUGAACAGAUUCAUUUCAAGAUCAGCGGACAAGGCGCUCCCCUUUUUCAAGAUUUUAAGGGAAGGAAAAAAGUUCGAAUGGGAUGAGACAUGUCAAAAGGCGUUCGUUGAGCUGAAGUCAUACUUAGCAUCCCCACCCCUGCUCACAAAACCUCGGCCCGGAGACACCCUCCUACUAUACUUAGCUACGUCAGCUAAUGCCGUCAGCGCAGUCCUCAUCCGAGAUGGAGAAAAGGGUCACCAACCCAUAUACUACAUAAGUCGCGCCCUCCAAGGAGCCGAACAACGUUACACCAACAUGGAGAAACUCGCUCUCGCCCUCAUCAACGCAGCUCGGAAGCUCCGACCUUACUUCCAGUCACAUCAGGUGGUGGUUCUCACCAAUUACCCUCUGAAGCAAAUACUAAGAAGUCCUGAAACAUCCGGACGAUUAGCAAAAUGGGCAAUAGAGUUAAGUGAAUAUGGAGUGGAAUUUAAACCCCGCCCAGCUAUCAAGGCACAAGUGUUGGCAGAUUUUCUAGUCGAAAUGACUUCCAUAGAAGGGAGCACUUCUCUACCUACCUGGUCUAUCAACGUCGACGGAUCUUCCACUACCACAGGAGGGGGAGCAGGUAUCGUACUAACGAAUCCUGAUGGAGAUGAGUUUGAAUACGCUCAACGUUUCGAAUUCACUGCCUCAAACAACGUCGCUGAAUACGAAGCACUGAUAGCGGGAAUCCGCCUCGCCUUAGCAGCAGGAGCGCGCAAGCUCCUAAUCCAAAGCGACUCUCAACUCGUCGUUAACCAAGUACUCGGAGUGUACGAGGCCAAGGAAGACACCAUGGCCAAAUAUUUAGCUCUCGCCCAUACUCUCUUGUCUAAAUUCGAGAGCUAUGAGAUAAGACAAGUACCUCGCGCCAAUAACGUCCAUGCAGACAAAUUAGCUAGGCUUGGAAGUUCCAUGGCUAGCAUCGGAAGUCGGAAGGUGACACUCCUCACCUCACCUCAACCAGAGAUAACUUCACCCACCGAAGUACAGUACAACGAGGAGGAUGAAUCAUGCUGGUUCACUCCAAUCCUGAAGUACCUCAAGAAGGGAGAACUUCCAACGAAUCCCACCGAAGCACGAAAAUUAAAGACAAGAGCCGCUCGCUUCGUCAUAGUGGGAGAAGAACUGUACAAACGAGGGUUCUCAUUCCCCUAUCUCAAAUGCCUCGACCCGACCACAGCGGAUUAUGUACUUAGAGAAGUACACGAAGGCAUCUGCGGCAAUCACUUGAGCGGGAGAACCUUAGCUCUAAAGCUACUGAGGCAAGGCUAUUAUUGGCCAAUGAUGCAUGAAGAUGCGAAAAGACUAGUCCGGAGGUGUAAGCCCUGCCAAGAACAUGCUAAUAUCAAUCACAUGCCAGCGGCGUUAAUGCAACCAAUUGACAGCCCCAUCCCUUUCGCCCAAUGGGGGAUGGAUCUGGUUGGACCAUUCCCGCCCGCCACAGGAGGACGCAAAUAUCUAAUUGUAGCAGUGGACUGUUUCACCAAAUGGGUGGAAGCUGAACCCUUAGCACGCAUCCGCGAAGAAGAAGUUAUCCAAUUUCUGUGGAAAAACAUCGUGUGCCGCUUCGGAAUCCCACGUUCCAUCAUCUCGGAUAAUGGGACCCAAUUCUGCGGUGAUAAAGUAAAAAAUUGGUGCCUCGGUUUAGACAUCAAGCAGUUCUUCACAUCCAUAGCAAAUCCACAAGCUAAUGGCCAGACGGAGGUCACGAAUCGCACCAUACUCCAACACCUUAAGACAAGGCUUGGAAGUGCCAAAGGGAAGUGGGUGGACGAAUUGCCUAACGCGCUAUGGGCAUAUCGUACAACCCCACGAGCAGCAACUGGGGAGUCGCCCUUCAAUCUAGCUUUCGGAACAGAGGCAAUCGCACCCGUCGAAAUCGGAGAAACAUCUUGGCGAGUCACCAACUACGACCCAACAGCUAAUGAAGAGGCUAUGCGGGGAAGCCUAGACCUCGUAGAUGAGUUACGUGAGAUCGCAUACAUCCGACAACAGAUGUAUAAAUCACGCAUGGCCAAGGCAUAUAACUCCAAGGUUCGCCCUCGCUCCUUUCAAGUCGGAGAUCUAGUCCUCCGAAAAGCUGAAGCCUCCCACCCCAUUGGUAAGCUUGACCCAAAGUGGGAAGGACCAUACAAAAUCACAAAAGUGGUCAACACUGGAGCAUAUCGCCUCGAGAACAUUGACGGACACCCUAUACCCAGAACAUGGAAUAUAGGGAACCUCAAACGGUUCUACGCCUAAGGCUCCACGACCUUCCACGUCACUCGUCUUGUAAAGCUACUUCUACAUGGUUGGAAAUUUGACACCACAUAAAAAGGUGCGUUAACGUCCCACCUAAGCUGGGGGGCUAGUAAUUGUUACUUACAUCAUAAAUUUAUAAUCACAUCCCAUCAUCUCCUUACAGGUCGAGAACCUACUACGUGAAGAUGUAUAUGAAUCAAU